AUAUGGAAACAUUUCAUUGUGGAAAAUAAACUGCACUGAAAGGGAAUAUAAGUGUUACUCUUCUGUCAUCUUAGUGCUGCUAUUGACUACAUACAUACACACACACACACACACACACGUGUGUCCGUUUUUAAAUUAUUUUUGUUUUCAUUUUCAAACCAACUGCAGUUCACAGUGCUACCUCGCUGCUUUGAUUCCCAUCAGGCCACUGGGACCAGCCAUCACUGUCAUUUUCCUUAUGAAGGGUAAUGGGGUCAACCAUUUGACCUUUUUCAUACAUUGUAACUUAAUUUGCAUCUAGUCAUAUCCUCAUAUUUGGAAAAGACUGAUCUUCUGUUAUACCAUGACAUAACAGUAACAGAUGACAGUUUCAAUACAGUAUGUGGAAUACUCGAUGAGUAUUUAACCAGUCAUACUAGUUUGCCAGCAUUUCCAGAACUUUCAAACACAUGUUCAGGGUUGUACCGCCUACAGUAACUACACCUAAAGAGCAGGAAGGAAGUUUUCCCAUAACCUCACUUUACAGGAACACUUCAACCACGAUGGCAGACACAAGUUCACUCUAUGAAGAGGACUUACUUUGUCCUCAAUGCUCUGACAUUUAUUGCCUUCCUGUUCUCCUAAAAUGCGGCCACAAUAUUUGCAGAGUUUGUUUACAGAAAUUCUGGGAAUGGAAAGGAUGCCAAGAAUGUCCUGUGUGUCGCACUGUGUCUGUCCAUGGGAGGCCUCCUAUUAAUCUGGCACUAAAGAUAGCUGCAGAAGAAUAUCAAACACACAGGACCAGCAGGAAUCAAGAACUUUGUUGUCUUCACAACGAGAAGCUGAAGAUUUUUUGUCAGAAUGACGAAGAGCUCAUCUGUCUCAUCUGCCAAACAUCAAAACAGCAUAAAGUUCACGAGUGCUGCCCAGUAGAGGAGGCGGCCCAACAGAAAAAGACAGAAAUUUCAGACAUGCUGGAGUCCUUGAGGAAAAAGCUCACAAUACUGAACAAAACAAAGGAGCACUGGGAAGAAACAAAAAACUAUAUUCAGACCCAAGCUAAUCAAAGUGAGAAAACGAUUAAGGAGGAGUUUGAGAAGCUACACCUGUUCCUUUGGGAGGAGGAAAACACAAGACUGAAGGUGCUCAAACAGGAAGAGAAAGUUAAGACCCAGGUGAUGUGUGAGAAGCUGGAAAACAUCAAGGACCAGAUGAAAAUCCUCUCGUCCACCAUCAAUGAUAUUGAGAAAGCCCUCAGAGCUAACAAUUUACCAUUUUUACAGGACUACAAGCAGACAAAGAAAAGGGUCAAAUGCAACAUUCAAGAGCCGGAGUGUAUCAGAGAUAUCCUGAUUAACACUGCAAAGCAUCUGGGAGCACUGAAGUUUGGAAUUUGGAAGAAGAUGGCUAACUUCAUCACAUUUUUUCCCAUCACUCUGGAUCCAAACACGGCACAGUCCAACUUAAAGUUCUCUGAAGAGCUGACCUGUGUACAAUACAGCAAUAAGCAGAUCCUACCUGACAACCCUGAACGCUGCACCACCCGUGUUUGUGUGCUGGGAGCGACAGGCUUCACAUCUGGAAAGCACAGCUGGACCGUAGAGGUGGGCCAAGGCAAAGACUGGUACAUUGGAGUGGCCCAGGAGUCCAUCAAAAGGAAGAGUGUUGUUUUCCUCAACCCGACUGAAGGUUUCUGGGUGAUCGGCCUGUGCAAUGGAGACUCGUUCUGGGCUCAGACCUCACCUCGCACCAAGCUUGUGUUGAAGCAGAAGCCUGAGAGGAUUACUGUGGAGCUGGACUAUGUCAAAGGAAAGGUGGUCUUCAUCAACGCUGCUGAUUUGACAACAAUACACACAUUUAAAGACAGAUUUACAGAGAGGAUUUUCCCCUACUUCUCCCCUGGAUUUUAUGAUGAGGGGAAAAACUCCAGCCCGCUGUCAAUCUGUCCUCUGACAAUAACAGUAAAUGUAGAGUAGACUCACAUACAGUAGACACAUGGCUCUGUGUGAGUGUGUGUUAAAGCUGCUACAACUGAU